GCUGGCAGCAGUGCCGGAGGUAAUCGCCAUUUUGCCCAGUGCUGAGAAAAUGCCUUCGAUGCCGUUUGUUUUACUUAUUUAGUGAAUAGAUUAUUACAGUGUGGUGCGGUGAUUCGCGGCAUCUCAUCAGAAUGACGCAAUUCUUGCCACCGAAUUUGUUAGCGUUAUUCUCACCACGCGAGCCGAUUCCAUAUUUGCCACCUGUCAGCAAACUUCCGCAUGAGAAGAAGAACAGUGGUUACGCCGGCGUCGGGGCCUUCCUCAAGUAUUUCGAGGAUCCUAAAGAUACUCCACCACCUGUGCGUGUAGAGACUCGAGAAGAACGUUUAGAGCGUAGACGAAGAGAACGUGCAGAGCAAGUUGCAUAUAAACUUGAACAAGAAAUUGCUGUAUGGGAUCCAGCAGGCAUUUCUAAUGUUACAGCAGACCCUUUCAAGACUCUCUUUGUAGCUCGAAUUAAUUAUGACACCUCAGAAUCCAAACUGAGAAGAGAAUUUGAAGUAUAUGGACCAGUAAAAAAGAUUGUAGUAACACAUAACACAAUUAAUGGCAAGCCUAGAGGAUAUGCUUUCAUUGAGUAUGAGCAUGAAAGAGAUAUGCACUCGUGGUGGCCGCUGCCGGCAACUAGUGCCGUUCACUAUUCCAUGCAAUCCCUGAACCUGCCUGAUAAGAUAGCUGCAUAUAAGCAUGCUGAUGGUAAGAAAAUAGACGGCCGCAGAGUAUUAGUUGACGUUGAGCGGGCAAGAACAGUGAAGGGUUGGUUGCCUCGAAGACUUGGCGGUGGCUUAGGUGGUACUCGUAGAGGUGGUCCUGACGUCAACAUCAAACAUUCAGGACGGGAAGAUAACGAAAGAGAACGGGAGCGAUAUCGUUUGGAACGUGAGAGAGAAACCUCGGGACGUGGCCUGGAUAGAGACAGAGAUCGUGACCGUUUGGAUAGGGAACGUCGCAGAUCGCGCGAUCGUAAGCGAAGGACCAGAAGUAGAUCACGUGAACGUAGACGUAGGCGAAGUCGUGAUCGAUUGCCGGAUCCUGACAUCGAAGAGAUCGAACGUCCACGUGACAGAAGGGAUCGUGAUCGAGAUCGUGAUCGGGAUCGCAAAAGACGGCGGUCGCGAAGCAACGAUCGCGAUCGCGAUAGGGAUCGUAAACGAGACAAACGAGACAGAGAUCGUGAUCGUCGGGAUAGAAAGGAUCGUGGUGAUCGUCAAGACGAGGAUACGAAAGAGAUCCGUAUUAAGGAAGAACCAUUGGACGAUUAUCCAGACUACACUAAUACAUUUGCAACGUCGGGCUCAUACUUCACCGCGGUCAAGUAUGAAGACGAUAACGAUCAGGAAGUGGAGGAGAAAUACCGAAUUCCGGAGGGUCGUCCCGACCAGCCUCCGUAUAACAAUUACGAUUCUGUACAAGAUUAUUGAUCUCGGACAGUACAUGUUUCAUCGUAUUCCCUUUUUUCUCAAUAAGCCACUGUCGCUUUAUUUUAUUGUUGUAUUAUCUUUACUGCUAGCACAAUACAAAUUAGCUCUUUUAAGAACAAACUAAAUCGAACGCUAUUCAAUUAUAUAUAAACUUUGGACAAUUAAUAUAUAUAUGAAUGUCGCAGAAGAAUUACAUAAGUUUUUGAAAAAUUCCAAUUUCCAUAGAAUUUUAAAAAUAAUUUAUAUUAAUGAUUAAUAAGAUUAAUGAUUAAUGAGCAAAGAUAUGAAUUUACAAAACAUUUAGUAAAAUUUUGACAUAAAAAGUCAUAAAAGUUGAACAUAUUGGUAUUAAUGUUAUCCUAUGUUAAAACAUGAUAAAUGAUGUACAAAUCGCUUUAUUAUCUCAAAAAAGUGAAUGACAUUGAUCAAACAUUUACUAGGAAUUCAUGAGAAUUAUAUAUAAAUGCAACCACAUUUAUGCUAAUUUAAAGUCUUUCUGCCUUUUUUCUCUUCCUAUCAUUGAUAAGAUUAUAUUUACAAUAAAAAAAUUUAACAUUUUUUUUAAUGAAUGAAAGAACAAUUAAUAAUUGUAGCAGAUCAUAUAAAACUCUAUGAUAUGAAAAGUACGAACUCAUUGAUUGAAUGUUACGUUGUUCAAUAAACCAACAUGAUUUAAAUAUCGGCCAUGUACAUGUACGUAACCGUGCGCAUGUAAAUCCAUAUAUACAAAAUUUGACUUGUGACUGCUACAUGUAUAUUUAUAUGUGGAGUAAAAUAAAAAAUGAAAUUAACUCUUGUUACACAUAUACUGUUUCUUGUUCUACACAUUAGAAAUUAAAUCCGGGUAUAUUAAUAUUUUAAUUCGAAAGAUUUGAUUUUUAAGUAUGUAUAACGUAGAGCAAAGGAUAAUGUCUGUUCACAAAAUGAAAUGUAAUCUUGAUUUUAUACAUUGCUCUACAAUUCUGCUAAUCGAUUCGCAUGAGCUUGAUUGCUUGAUAUGACAGAACGCCACGCAAGCGUCAAACGAUUUCACAAGCGAAACAAAAAUGCGGUCGAUUAGCGCGGUUUAGUAAACGAAUAAAAUAGUAAUGAAGAAA